CUAAACAGAAUUCCAAAAUACUACACCAUCAAGGAAAUUGCCACCUGCUCUUAAGUGGCAAUAAAAGGCAAAUAGGGCCGGUCAUCCGUGAACAGCACCAUGCUCCUUAGUUAUCGCGCCUCGGUAGCUCAUGCUUGGCUAGGUUACAAGUCGAGGCUUAACAUAAUUAGUAGUCCCGCUUUACGACCAGUCCGAAGCCUUGCCGGUGAUGGCAACACCUCGGGUUCGGACGACAUCUACGAGCUCGCGCGGAUGCUCAGCCAGCAGGCUGCUAAGUUCCGUAAAUCCAUCGAUGACGAAGAAAUAAGCAAGAGCUACGACGGCUUUGACGAUGCGACAAGAAGUGGCACGUUCGGUCUGCAGCAACUGGGGGAGCGCGUGUUUCGGGAGGUUGGUCCGGGCUCCUUUGACUCGGCCGAUUUCACGGAGCUGGAUAAGUACAAGGUCAUGCGGGACCGCGUAAUGGCAGUCUUCCUGCCCCGCCAGCCCAUGCAGCAGGCAGUGACCGUGCUACUCAAGGAGUAUCUUCCGGUGGCCCGCGCAAUGGCCCUCAACGAGCUGCUCAUCCUGUCCAAACUCUUCAAUCGGCCUGAGGACCUGUACGAGGCCGCCAUAGCCCCCCUCCGCCGUCGUCCCCGCGUGGUGCCACUGCUGGGGUAUUUUGUUUCGCCACCCUCGGCGCCCAAGGAAGCCGCGUCGGUAUCCCUGGACUCCGCGGCGGCCAGCGUGUGGCUCGUGUAUCGGUAUGAGAAACUGAUGCCCCUCUACAUGUACCUGGGAUUUGUACAACCGCCGGAGGGAGCAACGUCGUAUUUCAGGCGGACCGAGGUGGCCGAGGCAGAGGCCUGGCGUGCUCGUUACUACUGGCUGCGAGUACUGUCUCGCGCUCUGCUGGAUGCCGUGUCGGACUUCCAUGACGCGGGAGUGACCCACGGGUCGAUCUCUAGCCGCACCGUGCUUCUGAGCUCCACUCGCGAUGCGAACGCGGAUGCGUUAGUUGUCAAACUGGAGAACUUUGGAUUUGGUCGCCUGGAGCCCGUGGAACUUUACACCACCUCACGGAAGGGCCAAAAAAAUGACCUGCAGGCAGUAGCCCUGACUCUCCUGGAAGUGUAUUGCGCCGGCACCUUCACCUCCACCACCAAAUACCCCAUCGGGCCCCUGACGCGCACCUCACUGGAGCGGCUGCUGUUUGAGACUUACCGCGGCGACGUGGCGGCAUUUCGACUGUAUUGUGCAGCUGAUCCGUCAUUGAGCCGUCUGGUGGCCUUUCUGGAUGAGGGCCGCCGAUCGGGCUGGGAGUUGAUUGCGGAGCUGCUUAGGGGCCAUUGGGGCGCUACUGCGCUGCUGCACCAACCGUUUUUUCAUAUGUUGAAUUCACGUUAGAUGCGGAUGCAAAGGUGAGCGAAGGAAGGCCUUAUGGGUUUUGGUAUGCAGGGCUGCGUUGAAGCUGGCGUGGAGGAUUUGAGAUGUUUGGGCUUUUCGGGGAUGUCUGUCUGGUAUCUGCGGUGUGUGUGUGUGUGUGUGUGUAUGCUUGUGAUGUUUGGGGGCCUUGGCUGUCGGAUGCAUGGGGUUUGAAAUUUCGAAUUUGAAUUGUGGUGUUGGUUUGGAUUCGGAUCACAAACAAUCCCUUCUGAUUAAAAAGGAUGCAAACCUCUUUUGCACUGUAAUGUAUGCAUGCA